GAAACAUGGACCUUGCCGUUCCCCUUGACGACCAGUUCAACUGCUGCAUCUGUCUGGAGAUCUUAACCGACCCGACCUCCAUCCCAUGUGGCCAUACUUUCUGCCUGGACUGCAUCGAAGGCUUCUGGGACACAAAGGCCAAACCUGAGUGUCCGCUGUGCAAAGACACAUUCAGCCCACGUCCACAACUCAGGAUCAACAGAGGAUAUGCUGAAAUUAUUCGGACUAUUAUUGAAAGGACUCAAGAGGAGGAUGGCGAUGUUGGCCGCUCACCGGGCAGCAGGAAGAACUCCCUGAUCCAACUGGAGGCUGAUGAAGUUCCCAGCCACUUCUGCAGGAAACACAACCAGCCGCUGACCAAGUUCUGCAGGACGGACCAGAAGCCUGUGUGUGAGAAAUGUACCGAGAGGAACCACAAAAAACACGACACCGUCCUCAUCGAGAAUGAGGGCAAGAGGGUCAGGGCUUCUUUGAGGGCGACAAAGGCCAGCAUUCAGCAGAUGAUGCACACCCGGAAGAGAAAAUUGGAGGAGAUAAAAUAUUCAGUGGAUCUUAGCAAGAAAUGCACAGAGAAGGAGAAGCGAAGCAGCGCUCGAGUCUGCACCACGCUGAUAAAAGCCAUCGAGAGACACCAGGCGGAGGUGGUGGAGGAGCUGGAGGAGAGGCAGCGGGAGGCCGAGAGGAGGGCCGAGGAGCUGGAACAGGAGCUGGAGCAGGAGCUGGAGCUGCUGCAGUGGAGGAGCAACGAGCUGCAGAGCCUGGAGCACGCUCAGGACCCCAUUCACCUCCUGAGGGGUUUCGCUCCUCUGAGACGACUCCCAUCCACCAGAGACUGGUCGGAGGUCCCCGUCCACACCGAUAACUGCAUGGGGACGGUGACCAGAUCCGUCUCCAAGCUUGUGCAUGUCUGCCAGGAACUUGCGACCAAACUAUCUGCAGAAGAAGCAGACAAGAUAAAUCAGUAUGCGGUCGAUGUCACUCUGGAUCCUGAGACUGCUUCAGGCUGGCUGGUCCUGUCCCCAGACAGAAAGAAGGUGAGCGUCAGCAACAAGAAGAGCAACGCCCCGCUGCCAGACAGUCCUCAGCGCUUUGACUCCUGCGUCUGCGUUUUGGGGAAACAGGGCUUCGCAUGUGGAAGACGCUACUGGGUCGUUGAGGUUGCGGAUAAGACAGACUUUGACCUCGGCGUGGCUCAGGAGUCCAUCAACAGGAAGGGCACCAUCACGGUGCGUCCCGACAGCGGUUACUGGGCGAUCUGCCGGAGAAAGGGUGACAGCCUCAGCGCCUGCGCCGGGCCCUCCGUCCCCCUCCACCCGCAGGAAACCCCCAAGAAAAUCGGCAUCUUCCUGGACUACGAAGAAGGGCUGGUGUCCUUCUACGACGCCGACACAAAGAGUCACAUUUACACAUACACCGGGUGUGACUUCAGCCAGCCUCUGUACCCGUACUUUAACCCGUGUCUGCAAGAAAACGGGAGGAACACCUCCCCGCUGGUCAUCUGCCCGGUGGAGGGCCGAGUCAGAGACAUUACCAUCGAGUCAGCAGUGUGACGUGUCAUUAGAAAGGAUGACGCUAUCUGAAAUUUACGGUGUUUAACCGCCACAGCACCACCUACAAGAUGGUGCUUUUGUUUUUGCCUGGGGCAACUUCUGAUUGUCCCCGAGACAGAUAAGACCCACAGAGAGGUUUCACCCUCCAGAAGACGUUCUGAUGUCGCUGUUUAAUCAGUGUAGUAAAGAACAGGUCGUGAGUCUGUGUCCGUCAGGAAAAGUAGGUCCGAAGUUGUUUAUUUACAACCUCGGAGACCUUUGCGAGAGCGCACUCGAGACAAAGCUUUCAGAGCUUUCGUCUUUAAAAUUCAAAUCUCCAGCACUGAAAAGAAAAGGUUGAAGAGAGCGGAGAUGAUUGAGAUGAGAUGCUGCUGCGUUAUUUAUUUAUAUAUGGUUCAAAUAUGGGUCCUGAUUUGAAUAGUUAUUACCUUAUUAUUGUUAUUUUUCCAUCUUAAGUUCUAUUUUCAUCUUAUUUGUACUAUUAUUAUCAGUUUCUGUCAGAUUUAUUUGGCUUUCUAUCGCUGUCUGUUUUUCCAUGAUUGUAAUCACUUAAUGCAUUAUUUAUCAUUACAAGGUGCAAUACAAUUAAAGUUUAUUAUUGUAUGAUUAUCAUUAUAUUUAUGGACUAGGUGUAACUUUAAAACUUGAUCAUUUUAAUGUGAACAGUAGUUGUUCAUGAAGUUUUUACAUAUCUGUUACAUAUUUUAGUCUUGAAGAAAAAUAAUUUAUUAAAAAUCACCAAACGCAUCCUUUAAAAACAGGAAAAACCUCUUUAAAACCUGUUUAGUCAGAGGCAGCAGUGACCUAACCUGAGGGAAAAGACAAGUCUCUCGGCUGGCCACUUGCACUUUUUGUUUUUUGCACAUUUAUAUCAAAUUUGAUUGUACGGUUGUGGAUCAACUGUUGUUAUUUAACAUUAUUUAUUUUUAUUUCAAUGUGAUCAAAUGUGUGUUAUUAUGAUUAUGUUGUGGUCUUAUUGUGUAUGCUAUGUUAAUAUUUCACUGUGGACUUAAUGCCUGGAGCACUGGACCAAAUUAAUUUCACUGUGCAAGAAAAUAAAGUU